AGUGCUGGGAGCGACUUGCGCAUCUGAACCUGUUGUUCCUCUCAAUCAAUUUAGUUAGUACACCAAAAACUACUGAAACAUUCUUUGUGUCCUCCAGGAAGGACGAUACGCUGGAACAAGCCCUUCCAAGAUGGUAAAAACAGACCCGGGGGAGAUCCCCCUGAACCGGUUUUGCCCCCAGGCGGUGGGGGACCAGGCCAUGUCCCAGCGGGCCAACGCACCCAAAGUCAGCCUCUCGAAAUGCACACGCGAAAUGCGGAAGAGUGUGUUUAUUUCCAAGGAGGCAAGUAAGGGGGUUAUGCCGGCCUGGACGCCCGGGGCAAUAUACGACGUCGCCAAGAGCACCCUGAACCUCGAGUCAGGUACUGCUUUUUAUUCUCUAUCAUGGGGAUUUCUUCAUAUCUGUAUCUGUUUUUCUAAUUUAACAAGCUUGACCGCAUGACCGGCGUAAGAAAGCAAAGCCUCUAAUGCCCACCGAGAGUGAGUUGUGACAAACACAAAACUGGUCUGCCAGGUCAGAAGUUUAACAUGGGUCCGCAGAGAACGUUCGGGAAAUCGAUAUCAAAUGUAAAAAUGUCUGGGUCUGGAAGAAUGCAACUUGUGAUGCUGAAUUUGGAUUCCAAAAAAAUCUGUAUUGCAUGAGCAGCAAAGGGAAUGCAAUUUUUGCUACGCGGAGAGGGCAUUUGUCAUGCGGAAUAGGCAUCGCGAAACCCUCAAAAAAUCUGUGAUGCUAGGGCAUGCAUCACAGACAUCAUGGCCAAUGCAAAACAUGCAUGACAAAUCUCAGAAUCUUCCAGACCCAGACAUUUUUACAUUUGAUAAUCGAAGAAUAAGUACGACUGGGAGUCAAAGAAAGUGGACCAUUUGUCCGGCAGGGUAAACGAAAUCGCGAACUUGAACAGGUAAUAUAGUGAUACAAGUACUUCGUUCUCGGAGAAAUAUAAAUAACAGGAGUAAGCAGGUCAACAUCUAGAAGACUGCAAAGUUGAUUUAGUUGUCUUGCAGCAGAGGACUGUGCCUAGUCUACAGCAUUUCCAUCACAUCACGGCUGAUGAUUUUUCCUACAGGACUCACCUCAUAUAUGAGACAAAAAUCUUCAUCCAAAACAACAAACCAGAUGGAGCAAGCAGAGGGAGAUAUGUUUCACGCAGGAGCCGAUUGGUCUCGCAAACAACAUCGAGAUCUUCAAGGCGCACCCGAUCGCUUUUCAGGGCCUAGAUUCUCCCGGACCCGGCCCCAAGCCCGACAUUAGUAAGACCAGCAAGUUUCCCAACCCACCCAAGAUGCCUAUGGGGUUCUCAAACGUUACAUUCUCAACUGUUACAUGAUUUGUCAUGCAAAAUGACCAUGAUCCGCCAGACGAUCAAGCUGCUUCGCAUGACAAAUUCUCGGAAGGCUAAAUAGCACUGUAAUCCGGAUCAAACCUGUAAUGCAAGACGCGCAAGGUUCUCCCUCUCACCUGUGCUAGUCUUGCAUUACAAAUUCAUGUAACAGUUGAGAAUGUAACGUUUGAGAACGCCAUAAUGCCGUUCGGCGUGAAAACCAACGUGGGGUCGAUGUACGCCGGCGAUCGGAGCAUAAAUCCCGACAUCGGACUAUUGCAAUGAAAAAUGCCCCCUCCCCAUAUCAAAACGGAAAUCUGUGAUGCAGAUUUGUGGCCACAAAUCAGCUUUGUGAUGCUAGAAGGCAAAAUAUGCGGACUGUAGUGCUGCCUAGCGUGGGAAAGCCUUGCAGCUCCAAGAUGACAGGAGGCAACUGGAAGUGGGAAACAGCAUGACAGAUUGCCUGCAAUUUAGGCCGCAGCUUCGUCACUUGGCCUUCUAGCAAUACAAGUCGAUUUGUGUACUCAAAUACAGCAUCACAAAUUCGCGCGUCUUCCGUUUCCGAUAUGGGGUGGGGGCUUUUUUCAAUUUGAUACGGACCCAGCUCCUACCCGCCAAGGACGUCCCUCGGCAACCAAAUACUCUCACAGUGCGGCAACGCCACGACAAAUUUGUUUCCCAAAGCGCCGAAAUUUGGCCGCGCAAUAAAGAGUCAGGAGGAAGGUAGGGGAGUUAUGGUUUUGAAUUUUUUGCUAAAGUAGUAUCAAGCGCAUGUGGUCAUCAAACAGGAUUGAAGUGCGCUGAUUGAAUUUAUAUGUUUGUAUAUGAUUUUUAUAACUGCAUCAACCAGGUCCCAACGUGCACAUGAACCUAUCGGCGUUUGGGCCACAAGUCCGCGGCGACAAGCGCAGCGAACAGACGGUGGGCUUCGUUUUGGGAACACGAGCACAGGCACAGCGAAUGACAAGAUGCAUGACGGAGAUGGAUAGCGGUAGAUUUUUUUUUUGGUGUUGAUGAGUAGAAAUGGUCCUUGCAUGCGUCUUCACGCUUCACGCAGCUGUUCCGCAGAUGAGACUGAUUUAUUGAUUUUGAUCCGAAACGACCAUGCAGCUGCUCCGCCCGGGAAGGUGCGUUUACCGCACCCAGCCUUGCCUGCGGAGCGGAAGGUCAUCGCGUUUUCCGGGUCUCUCGGCGCAUUUUCGUAA